AUGAAACUUACCUAGCUCUAGCGCUCUGACAUGAGCAAGCAGAAAGUUUCAUUUGAGUGAGUGAGCGGAGGAUAUGGGAGGAGUUGACGUCUCCUAAAAACAUCUCGAGCACUGUUACUCUCUGUCUGAAAUGUUACACUUACCGUAACACCGAGUCAGUACGGUGGAAUUAAAAACAAGUGCGUCUCCACUAUGUUUACCAUCGGGACUGUCACUUUAGGCACAAACAUGGGCAGAAGACUCGUUUAGGUUUGUCCUUCGUCACCACCGAUAUCUUUAACGCCCUGUUUGGGAUUAAUUUGGAAUAGUUGGAGACUUGUAGCGAUUGUCUAGAUGGAAGAAGAGCCGCUAUUGACUGGCAGCAUUAACCGGGGUUCAGGUGAUUAUGGGUCACAUGAUAAUGGUCAACAUUAUCAACAUGAAGAGUCACCAGGAUCAAGACGACAGUCCUAUUCACGGAAUGACGAUUCGUACCGUGAACACGAGGAUGCAGAUGCAGACCUCUAUAUCCAGCAGGCAGUUGUAUUUAUUGAAGAUGCAAUUCAGUAUCGAUCCAUCAAUCACAGGGUUGAUUCUGGGUCCUUACGGUUAUAUAGAUGGUAUUAUUCCAAAAUAUGUCAGUGGGGUCUGGGAUUUAUUAUUGCUGUUGUACUGGCACUGGCCUUCAUUGAGAGACCCUCCUCUCUGACGUAUACCUCGGACAUUCGUUUUAAACCCCAACCCUGGGAGCCACCCUGUGGACUGACAGAGGGGAUUGAGAUUGUCUGCCUUUGUAUCUUCAUCUUAGAUGUCACUGUGAAGGCUUAUCUGAUAGGAUGGGAUGAGUUUCGUAUGAACAAAUGGCUGAUUGGUUAUAUAGUCGUAAUUGCAGCAUCAGUUAUUGAUUGGAUGUUGAGCAUUAGCAUGGUGUGCAGUGAGAGUUUAAGAGUCAGGAGACUAAUUCGCCCAUUUUUCCUCUUGCAAAACUCCUCCCUUAUGAAGAAAACUCUAAAAUGUAUCAAGAGGACUCUUCCAGAAAUAGCAAGUGUUAUCCUUCUUCUAGCAUUACACCUCUGCUUAUUCACCAUGAUUGGAAUGCUGAUCUUUGCCAAAUCAGAUGACCCUAAGAAGAAUGGAGAAUGGGAAACCUACUUCAAAAACCUGCCAAAGGCCCUGUCUUCUCUGCUAGUGCUGCUAACGACAGCCAAUAACCCUGACGUCAUGAUUCCCGCAUACUCUCUGAACCGGGCCUAUUCUAUAUUUUUUAUACUCUUUAGUGUGUUUGGAACAUAUUUGUUAAUGAAUCUAAUGACGGCUAUUAUUUAUAACCAGUUCAGGGGAUAUUUACUGAUGUCAGUUCAGACGUCUAUAAUCAGGAGGCGUCUGGGCAUUCGGGCUGCUUUCGAGGUGCUAUGCUGUCCAGGCCGAGGGCACACUAGCACUCAGUCUGAAGGCCAUGUGGAGCGAGUGGCGGUGAACAUGUUUCUGCAGGUCAUGAAUAGAGUCCACAUGAAGUCUUACUGCAGACAAGCUAUCAUUAAGGCUGCUCAGCAGUUCCCAGACGGCUUCAUUAAUGGCGAAGCCUUCCAGAGUCUUUUUAAUGAACUGGAUAAGGAUUUUAUGAAAGAGCAUCCACCAAAACCAGAGUAUAGUUCUCGUGUCCUACAGCAAAUCCAGCAUGUCUACAGUCACUUUUGUAUUACUGUGCUGGGGAACGCUGUCGCUCUUGUAAAUGUCAUCUGUAUCUGUACUGUCUUGGUUCUGAAUUCAGAGAAAUCUACCUCAGAGAAAAAUUACUUCUAUAUGGAGAUCCUCAACUGUAUUUUCAUCCUGUACUAUUUAAUAGAGAUGUUGCUAAAAAUAGUGGCUUUUGGUUGGAAAGGUUACCUGUCUUACAGGAAUAACAUUUUCGAUGGAUUCCUCACUGUUCUUCUUCUGGCAAUUCAGAUUGCCAUAUUCAUCACAUACAGGAUUCCUUAUAAGGAAGUGGAUCCGAUUACACAACGUUGGAUGACUUUGUGGGAGAUGGUGCGACUGGUCAAUAUGUUGAUUGUUUUCCGUUUCCUCAGGAUAAUUCCAGAAAUCAAGUUGAUGGCCGUGGUGGCCAGCACUCUCGUGGACCUGGUGAAAAACUUACGGGCAUUUGCUGGCAUUUUAUUGGUGGUGUACUAUGUGUUUGCUGUUCUUGGUAUCUGGCUUUUCCAGGGAGCUAUAACCGCUCCAUCAAACAUGAGUCUAAUCACAAAUUCCACCAUAGAAAACAAAACGGCGGGUCCCUUCAGCAUGGAUUGUGGCACUUUUGAACAGCUGGAGUACUGGCCAAACAACUUUGAUGAUUUUGCUUCCUCUCUUAUCCUGCUCUAUAACAUCAUGGUGGUAAAUAACUGGCACGUUUUUACGGAUGCAUACACCAGAUACACUACAGAGUGGUCCUUGGUGUACUUUGUGGCAUGGUGGUUGACAUCUUCAGUCAUGUGGGUCAACCUAUUUGUAGCUCUCAUUUUGGAGAACUUCACCUAUAAGUGGGACCGCAGUAAUGCUCUUUCUGUUCAGGAUGUGGAGCGAAUUGCCUAUCAAAGCACUGUGCAGCUUAUUUUCAGAGAGCAUGUCCAAGAGCCGACAGAAGAAGAGUUACUAGCUCAACUACAACAACAUCCUCAUCUUCACCUCUCCUGGUGACCCUAAACUCAUCCCCCCUCACCUCCACGUCACAGGACGCCUUUAAUACAUAAUUACACCAAAACACCCAGAAUCCUCCAGGACUCCAUCACGUCUGUGUAGGCCUCUUGUUUACAUAUCCAUCCAUUUUGGAGGGCCUGUUUCCCAUUAUAGGAUCUGUGUUGCUUCAGGUUGGCCUGGGAAAGGAUGUAUGUGUUUUUAACAGAGCGGCACACAAUUAAUGUUUGGAGGAACUUCAAUUUAUAAAAAGGCUUUAGCUCUAGGCUUUUUGUUUAAUGCUCAAGACAACCUGUAAAUUACAGUAGUGUGCAUGAUAUAGUACCAAUACCACAGUUUUUGAUUUACCCUAAUAUCAGGAAGAAAUUCAUUCUUUGAGUUUGAAAGUUUUUUUUUUUUUUGAGAAACCAAACACAUUGUCAUCCUGCGUUUUAUGAUAUCCACAUUUUUAUUUAUUUUUUGUAAGCCUGUUACAAUCAAAAAACAAUCCAUAGAUUGGUUUAAAAAUCAUGGGAACAAAGGGACAUAACUCAUUACUGUGUUAAAUAUUUUUAGCUGUGUUUUUAUUAUUUUGUAGAUUCUUUAUUUUUGACUGUGCCAUUAUGUUUGUUCAGUGCUUUUAUUUAUGUUAGAUUUUAUUGUAGAUUUUACAAACAUCUUUACAGGUGAAGCUUUCAAAAACUGUCAAGAAAUGUUCCAAUCUUAUUUCAUUCAAAAAAAAGGGAAAGGUUGUUUCUCAUUACUGUAAUGUGAAAUACAAUUUAAUUAAAUCAGUCAUUGCAUCCUGACAGGAGGAUUGAUAAGCGUUUUGUAUUAUAGUAAAUUUAAUAAGUAACGUUCUGAAUUAUUGUCAUGACAUAAUGCAAAAAAAGAAAAAAAAAAGAAUAUUGGUACAAACUAGACUUCUCUUGAUGCAAAAUCAUAUUUUUACUUUGGAUUUUGGGUGUAAUGUGUUCCUGACUGUACGUCAGUACAUUUCAGUGACUAUAUCCAGUCAUUACUAGGAAAUUUUUCAUGUUUUCAAUAUUAUCAACAGACAGUGUUUUUCUGUAAUCGACACAGUUGACUGAAUAUUUGUAAAAAUUGAAUUUACACCACUGUAUUGUGUUCUUUCUGUUCUGAGAGCAACUUGUAUAUUAAAUGUCUGUUAAAUGUCUACAGGCAAAUUAGGUUUAUAUCAAGUUAGUUUUCUGUACCAUGCUUCAUAUCAAAACUAAUUUAGAUGACAUGACAUAUAAGA